UACCUAUUCUACAGAAAUUAUCAUUAUUGUUAAGGUGCUAAUUUAGAACGAACAACAGGCGAUGUUGUGUUUCGUAGUUUUCUCAGUUUUAAGUGCGGUACUGCUAGGUUACGCUUACUCCAAAUGGAGGUACUCGUAUUGGAAAAGAAAGGGUGUACCCCAAUUAGAUCCUUCGUUGCCCUUCGGUGAUACUAAUCCUGAUAAAUCUUUAGCCGAGACUUACUAUGACUUCUAUCAACAAUUUAGAAUGAAAGAUGAAAAGUUUGGAGGGGUAUACACGAUGCUGAAUCCAGUUUUUGUGCCGGUUGAUCCCGAUCUGGUUAAACAGAUUAUACUGAGAGAUUUCGAUCAUUUUACAGCCCACUUUCCGAAGUUCAACAACCCGACUAUUUUUAUGAGGAGUCUAUUUCAUUUGCAAGGAGAUGAAUGGAAGUUUACCAGGAAGAAGUUAACUCCCACAUUUACUUCGGGAAAGAUGAAAAUGAUGUACGAAAUCCUGAGAGACAAGACUACAUAUUUGACAGAAAUGAUUGGCGACAUUACCAAAUCUGGAGAACCCUUCAAAGUUAAGGACACUCUUGAAAGGUUUACCACAGAUGUUAUAGGCACCUGUGGCUUUGGACUGGAAUGCAACUCGAUGAAAGAUCCAGAAUCUGAAUUCCUGAAAAACGGAAGGAGCAUAUUUCAGGGACCUGAUAAAAAACCUGGAGUUGUACAAUUGAUACUCAGAGCUACUCAGUUUGGGAGAACCAAGUUGAAACAUAUCCAAAUCGAGAACUUUUUCAAGAAAGUUGUUAGUGAAACCAUUCACUACAGGGAGACCAAUAAAAUAAUCCGUCCUGAUUUUAUGCAUCUGAUGAUCCAACUGAAGAACCAGGGUCAUGUAAGCGAAGAUGACCAAAUUUUUACCACUAAAAAUCCAAACAAAGCAGACGCAAUGACCGAAGAAGAAGUCACAGCACAAUGUUUACUGUUUUUCAUUGCUGGAUUUGAAACAUCGGCAACCACCAUGACCUACGCCCUGUUAGAAUUAGCUCAACACGAGGAUAUCCAGGAAAAAGUGAGAAAGGAGGUUAAAGAAGUUUUGGAGAAGCAUAAUGGAGUGAUGACGUACGAAGCUAUGCUGGAUUUGAAGUACACCGAGAACGUUAUACAAGAGACUCUAAGAAAAUAUCCUCCAGUUGCAGUUGUACCUCGAGUCUGUACUAAAGAUUACAAGAUUCAUGGUACAGACAUAAUCAUUAAAAAGGGUACGCCUACCUUUAUAUCAGCGUGGGGUCUACACAAAGAUCCAGAAUACUUCCCUAAUCCUGAAAAAUUCGAUCCAGAAAGGUUCAACCCAGAAAACAAGCAUAAAAUUCGAGAUUUUAGUUAUAUACCAUUUGGGGAAGGACCUAGGAUGUGCUUAGGGCUUAGAUUUGGAAUGAUGCAGAGUAAAAUGGGUUUGGCGACGCUUAUCCGGAACUACAGGGUAACGUUGAAUAAAAAGACUUUCUUUCCUUUGAAAUUAAAGCGAUUCACUUUCAUAACUACACUAGACGGUGACCUAUGGUUAAACGCUGAAAAGAUUUGAAUAUGUAGUGUAGAUCAAUCUGUUAAACCAAUAGUAGCGUAGUGACUGUAGUGGAUACCAAAUUUUUCCAUGCAUGUAUAAUUUAUUUAAAACAUUUAUUUUUAAUAAAAGUUUUUGUUAUA